CGCUCGACACGACAGCAGAUGUUCGAUUAAGCCAUCAUGGAUUCUAAACAUGAGAUUUUCAUGAAUUUAUUUUGGAAUGUUUGCAAAUAGAAAGAUGAAUGAUAAUUGAUAACAUACUGACAGAGUUUGAGUUUAUGUGCAAUCUUGCUAUUGAAGAUCUUCUCAUCAUUCCAGUCCAUCAGAAAUCUUUACAUGCAUUUUGUCUUAUUGCUGUUGAUCGAAUAUUACCUCCAUUAAUCUUCACACCAUUCCGCCACAGAUGAAGCCGAAUGAAUCUUCUUAUUAUCAAUUAUUGAGAUAUCCUAAUCCAUCUGCACUGGAGCGAGUCUUACCAGCAAACAUCUUUUCGAGAAAAUCCACAGUAAAUUGAAUCAAGUCACCAGCAAACAUCUUUUCGAGAAAAUCCACAGUAAAUUGAAUCAAGUCACCAGCAAACAAUAUACUAUAGCAAGGAUCUUUUCAACAAAAAGUACUGUAGAUUGAAUGAAGUCACUGGAAAGCAAUAUAAUUGAAUCUUGAUAUUUGCAGUCAUUUUUAUAGUGGGUUAGUCAAAUUGCAAGUCAUCGAACUCUGCCUUAAACAAUCUUCGCAUCAAAUACACAUUAUCACAGUUUAACUUCAAAUCAGCAAAAUCUGCCACCAAGCAUGUUCUUAUCGUUCCAAUCCAAUUAGACCUGUAUGAAUCUUGCCACUUUCAGUCUUCACAAUAUUACAGUCCACUUGAGACCAUGAAGGACAUUUUAAAUCUUUAUAGUAUUACAUAAUACAAAUCAGUGGAUAUUACAAUCUCCAUCUAUCAUAUCAUCCAAUGCAGCUCAUUUGAUAUUACAAUCAAAUGCAAUCUCAUUCAUUAUAUUAAUUUAUAACGGGACUUUUUGAAAGGACAAACAAUGGCAGUAACUACAUCCGCCGCCUUCAGGCGACUGCUUGUACCAUGCAUCCGUAGACGACGAUUGCUAUUGUUCAUCGUCAUUUUGUACGGAAUUGCAACCUUCUUUCUACGGGAUCAAAUUUGGAAUGUUUUCAGUCUUGUUCGUUCUAGGACUUCAUUUGUUCAAAUCGCCACAGAAGAAAUACCUAGGAGAAAACUGAUUUUCCUUCAGUUGUUGUUCCGUCACGGACAUCAUUCACCUUUCAGCUCCUAUCCAAAAGAUCCGAUUCCAGACAGUUAUUGGGUUGAAGGUAUGGGACAACUCACGAAGUUAGGCAGGUUUCAGCACUAUGUCAUGGGGAAAUAUUUGCGAGAGAUGUAUAAAGGCUUUUUGAGUUCCAACGUGCAAGAAGUGGACUGUAUGAGUUCGAUCACAUUUCGCAGUCUUUUUGCAGCCUACGCAUUUUUAGCAGGCUUCUACCCCGCUCCGGAGGACAAGAAAAUGGGCGAUGACUUGUCAUAUCAGCCCAUUGCUUGUUCAUUUCUGCCACUCAAUCGAGAUAAGUAUUUGAACUCUCUUCCCAACUGCCCAGCAUCUGAAUUGGACAAGUCUGUCAUGAUUAGAAGCAAGGGUGGAAAAAAAUUUAUGGAAGGAUAUCAGGAUCUUUACAGAUUUUGGUCUGAGCACAGCGGCCUUCCUGUCGAUAACUACGGAGCUGCCGGAAGUCUCUACAAGACAUUGCUGGCGGAGAAAACCGAAAACCUGACAAUUCCAAGCUGGGCAGAGAGUACUUGGGAAGCUUUAGAGAAGAACAGCAAUAUCUGUUAUCAUUUCCAUUUCAAGACUAGACUGCUACACAGACUGAGAGCUGGCCCAGUACUUGAGAAGAUAAUAGGAAAAAUGAAAGAAAAAAUACAGAAUCCGAAUUCCAAGUUGAAGGUUUAUGUGUAUUCCGGACAUGGCAGUAAUGUGGCUGCCAUUCUCAAUGCUCUCUUGGUGUUCAACGACCGCAUUCCAACUUACGCUUCCACUAUCCUCUUCGAGCUAUAUGAAGAAGUAGGAGGAAAUCAUAGCAUUAGAUUACUCCUAACCAAUGCAACUGAACCCGAAAAGCACAUCACACCCCCUUACAUUUUGCAAUUGCCCGGAUGCAGCGAGUAUUGCCCACUGGAAGAGUUACAGAGACAAACAGCCGAUCUUUACCCACUGAAUUGGGAAAAGGAGUGUCAAGAAGCAGAUCAUCGACGAAUCAAACAGCUUUUGAAAGAAUAAUGAAAACCCACAAGGCCCUUGAGUUGGAAAUACGGCUGUCACUAUUCCAAUCAAAGACAAAAAUAUCAUUGGCAGAAUUUGAUGGACAAAAUUGAUUGUGUUAAGAGGCAUAUCAUCGACGAAUUAAGCACAUUUUGCGUGAAUAAUGAUAACUCAAUAUUCCCUUGAGUUGGAAAUACGGGUUAUAAAGGUUUGUAAUCAAAGACAACAAUAUCAUGGAUAGAAUUUAAUGGAUGAUAUUGAUUGUGUCAAGAGGCAGAUAAUUUUCGAAUCAAGCACCUUUUGAAUGAAUAAUGAUAGUUCACAGGGUCCUUAAAUUGAAAAUAGGGGUUAAUAAGAUUGCAAUCAAAGACAAGAGUAUCAUGGACCGAAUUGAUGGACGAUUACGUCUUUUAUAGCCUCAUUGUGGAUAAAUUUUCAAAAACAACAGAAAUGUGGAGAUAAAAUUAAUUUAUACAUGAUUUUAUAAGAAACUUUAAAUUCAGAAACCAGGAUUGCAAGAGAGAAUAAUAUCAGUAUUUACAGAAAACAUUAAGCAUAUAAUGAAGCAUCUUGAAAGAUGGGAACCAUCUUUUUCCUUUCCAUUUGUGUGCAAACAGCAAAGGCUCUUGAUUAAAUUGAUGACAUUCUUAACACACUUUUUCCUCUAAAACUCGAAUUAUGGAAACUACCCUUAGACAUCGGAGAAACACUUACCAUUGUGACACAUGGUGACAAAAUCAUACAUUUUGUACCUGGAUCAAAGAGA